GGCCCCGGGGCCGCUCCGUGCCCGGCUCCCGGCGCGGCGGGGGAAGCCAUGGAUAAGCGCUCCGAGGGGACGAAGCCCGCCGCCCCCACGGAGGGAGGAAAGCGGCGCCAGGGCUUGGCCGAUAAAGACGCAAUGAAAGGAAAAAAGACACGAUCCUAUUCUGAAGAUUUAAGUGUGGCUCCAGUGGAAGAACAAGCAAAGACAAAGUGCGCUAACACAUACAGACUGGAGUCCCGUAAUAAAUUUCGAGACUGUUUAGUAAGAGACAAAGCUCAACAAAUACUAACGAGUAAACUUCAACAUGCCAAAUACGAUGGAGUUUCUAGUCCCUCCUUGUGUGCUUCAAUCUCAGAAGAAAUAUUAAAGGCUGUGAAGGAAUUUGGCUUUGACCGUUAUAAAUAUGUGGUAUCAGUGCUAAUUGUGGAAAAGACAGAUCAAGCAAUGAUUGUUGCCAGCAGAUGCCUCUGGGAUGUUCAAAGAGACACUUGGGUUUCAGCUAAAUGUGAAACUGAAACGUUUAUUGCCCUGGCUUUGGUAAUGGCUUGUUAUUACGACUAAUACUUUGAAAGCCACAGAUGGAUUCGUGCAUCACAGUACGUGGUACAUUUGAAAAUUUGCAGAGCAUCAUUAUUUUAGUAUUCGUUUUUGUCCUGUUGCUGUUGGCACAUUGAAACUGACAUACAGUUGAGAUAAUUUUCCUCUUCUUUUCUCUGUUAAGAAAAAAAAAACAGCCCCCAAAAAACCGCUUUGGAAAUGUUUAUGGUUGAGUACAUAUGGGUUUCAUCUGUUUAAUGCUCUGCUGUGGAAGUGAAAGCAGCUGGUGUUAAGGCCAAACAUUGGAAAAUUUUGAAUGUUGCUUGUCUGUUGUUGUGCCUAGGACUGUUAACCAAUGUUUACACAAAAUUGCAGGUAUCAGUUUUCUUAAAAGCAUGCUUUUUGUAAGAAAAGGCAGUAUUCAUCUUUUACCUAGUUUUCUUUAUGAUCAAAUGCUAGUCUGCCUAGGAACCUGCCUGAGAGGGAAGCCGUGUUUUGCAGUUCUAGAUACUUGUGCAAAUUUCCAGUCUUGCCUUGAAUUAAUUGAAAGUUCGGUCAAUAGGUUUCCCAGGCCUUAAGCUUGGGUCCAGGGUUCAGGUUGGUGGACAGGUACUGCACUGAACAUGUUGGUCACUUCGGUCUAGGGGCCUGCGGUGGCACUGGCGAUGGGGUCAGUAACGAGGGUAACUGGUCCAUAAUAACUGGCAAGGGCAGCAGUGAUUGUAUUUUGAUAAAUAAGGCACAGGCAAAUCUGUGAAGUGUGUAGACAUCAGCUUUUGGACCUGCCGUGUGUGGAGAUCGCGGUUGGUGC